AUGAGAAUACGGCCGGCAUCUUUGUACAGAAAUACAUUUUUUAUUCUUGGAUGUGGUCUCCUACUUUAUGCUUUCUAUUGCCUUGUUGCCUAUGACGACAAAAGCCAUGUUGACGUGCAUCGUCGACAAAAACAUCUUUACCUCACAGUUUCGAAGGAUAGGUUGUCGUUGAUAGGAGCGACAGAUGCGGUCGUAUUCCAUGCUGCGGACAUAGCUGACGGACCUCUUCCUGACGCAAAAGAUCGUCGUUCCAAUCAAAGAUAUGUGUUCUUGAGCAUGGAAACGCCACAUAAUAGCGGCUUCCAUGCUGUACCAUUGAAUUUCUUCAAUUGGACAGCCACAUAUCUGCUGUCUUCAGACGUCGUUUUCAAGUACGGCGUAUACUUCCUUCCCGCAAAAGUAGCUGAAGAAAAGGGCUUCAAAUUUACAGUAAGUGGAACCGUUGUUCAUACUAAAAAAUCUGGUAUUCUCGGAUUCAUAUCAAAUUGCAAUACUUCUUCGAAGAGGGAAUUGGCUCUGAGAGAGCUGUCCAAGUACAUGAAUGUCACCAUUGGUGGUAAAUGCGCAUCAAAUAGAGACAAUGUCAACCUUUGUCCAUCUGGUCAGGACUGCACGAGUCUGUACAGCGAUUAUCCAUUCUAUUUAGCCGUCGAGAACUCUGUUUGUAAAGAUUAUAUCUCAGAAAAAUACUGGGAAAGGCUUUCGGUGCCGAGUGUUCCCAUAGUGAUGCGAAGAAAAGUCUUCGAAUCAAUCACAAUACCACCACAUUCAUUUAUUGCAAUGGAUGACUAUGCUUCACCAAAGGAAAUGGCUGCAGAUUUGAUUCGGUUAGAGAAAGCUUAUGCGGAGUAUUUCGCGUGGAGAAAUGGAGGGUGGACAGCUGCUCCAUGGAAUGCUCCCGGAUAUCGAAACGGAUAUUGCCGAUUAUGCGAACGCCUUUGGGAAGAAAACCAAGAACCCAAAGUGAUCCCUGACGUUUGGACGUGGUUCAAGUCAGAGUCACAAUGCGAAGGAGCCGAUUUUGUAAAAAAUUGGAUUGGAUUAUAG